AUGGUGGUGGCGGCGUCCCCUCCACCGGGGAUGACGGGCCAGGUGGUGGGUCUUUGUGGCGGCACCGGUGAUGGCGGAUCUUGGGAUCCCGUGACCGGGCUCGUCGCAGGAUUCGGCUGCUGCACAGGGCGCUCUACCCACCCACAGGCAACCCUGACGCAGGGCCUUGUCCUCUCGUCCAGGCUCAACUUCGGCCCGACCAGUGAAAACAACGUCAUCAGGUAUCCCGACGACCCACAUGACAGAAUAUGGUUCCCUAGGGUUAACUCAGCAACCUGGACCGAGAUAACAACGACGAACACGGUGCAUCACGAAGAAAGCGACUUGUUCGAAGUACCAACGGCGGUGAUGCAGACAGCAAUCAUGCCACGGCGGAACACGUCCAACAGCAUAGAGUUCUCCUGGGACCCCUUGGCGCAGCUCAGCGACCCAUCGCCAGGAUACAUCGCCAUCAUGCACUUCUCCGAGCUGCAGCUCCUCUCCAGCAACAACGUGCGCGAGUUCUAUGUCAGCGUCAACGGCGAGCCAUGGCACCCAAAUGUCUUCACGCCCAAGUACCUCUAUGGUGGCGCCACCUACAAUAGCUUGCCCUCUCGGAAGAGCCACUACAACGUUUCCAUUAUCGUCGCACCCAACUCAACGCUGCCACCGAUAAUCAACGCUCUCGAGGUGUUCUCCGUCAUCCCUACUACUAUCAUCGGCACAUACUCCAGGGAUGUGUCUGCCAUGGUGGCAAUCAAGGCAAAGUAUAAGGUGCUGAAGAACUGGAUGGGUGAUCCAUGUGUUCCAAAUAAUAUGGUAUGGGAUACAUUGACUUGCGACUAUGCCACUGCAAGCCCUCCAAGGGUUAGAAGCAUAAACAUGUCCUCCACUCGGCUCAGUGGUGAUAUAUCGUCUUCUUUUGCAAGCCUCGAGAACGUCCAAUACUUGAAUCUGUCGAAUAAUAACUUGACAGGCUCCAUCCCAGAUGCUCUUUCAGAGUUAAAAUCAUUGACAGUUCUAGAUUUGUCAGGUAACCAACUCAGUGGAUCAAUCCCCUCUGGACUUCUCAAAAGAAUUCAAGAUGGCUCCCUGAAUCUAAGAUACGACAACAAUGCAGACCUCUGCACCAAUGGUGAUUCAUGUCAGCCAGCCAAAAUAAAGAGCAAGCUGAUCAUCAAAAUUGUUGUCCCUGUAAUUGUUGUUGUGGUGGUAGCAAUGGCACUAAUCUUUUUCUUCCUGAGGCGAAAAAGACAAGGUUCGAUGAACAACUCAGUGAAGCCACAAAAUGACCCAACGGCCAGCUAUGCGUCAGGAAGCGGUGUCUAUGGGGACGGCUCGGUGCGACUUGAGAGCCGUCGGUUCACAUAUGAAGAGCUCAAGAUGAUAACGAAUAACUUCGAGCGAGUACUCGGUCGAGGAGGGUUUGGGUAUGUCUACGAUGGUUUCCUGAAAGUUGGUACUCAGGUGGCAGUGAAGCUGCGCUCUCAGUCUUCCAAUCAAGGCGUUAAGGAAUUCCUUGCUGAGGCUCAUAUUUUGACCCGGAUUCACCACAAGAAUCUUGUCUCCAUGAUUGGUUACUGCAAUGACGGGGAGUACAUGGCACUUGUCUACGAGUACAUGUCAGAAGGGACCCUGCAAGAACAUAUUGAAGGAAGAAAAAGCAUCAAGGGAUCUUUACCCUGGAGACAGAGACUCCGAAUUGCACUUGAAUCUGCACAAGGAUUGGAGUAUCUGCACAAGGGGUGCAACCCGCCCUUGAUUCAUAGGGAUGUGAAGGCCACAAACAUCCUCUUGAAUGCAAAGUUGGAGGCUAGGAUUGCCGACUUCGGACUAUCCAAGGCCUUUAGCAGUGAAAGUGACACCUAUGUGUCCACAAACACGCUCGUCGGCACGCCGGGAUAUGUCGAUCCUGAGUACCAAGCAACGAUGCAGCCAACAGCCAAGAGUGAUGUGUACAGCUUUGGUGUUGUACUUUUGGAGUUGAUUACAGGGAAGCCAGCCAUACUGCGGGGGGCAGAGCCAACUAGCAUCAUUCAGUGGGCAAGGAAACGGAUGGCGCGAGGCAACAUUGAAAGUGUGGUUGACGCAAGAAGCAUGCAGGGAAUAUACGAUGUUAACAGCGUGUGGAAGGUGGCAGAUAUCGCACUAAAAUGCACCUCGUAUGCGUCGACGCAACGGCCAGCAAUGACAGAUGUUGUGGCGCAGCUAGAGGAGUGCGUCGAGCUCGAGGAGGGCCAUGCCACUGGAGACGUGAAUGUCGGCUUCCACACAACCGGUAGCGGGGACAACCCGACGCUGAGUUAUGGUUCUUAUGGAGGUGAUUGUCAGUCCACUGAUAAGAGCCAGAGCAGCACCGCAUUUGACAUCGAGCAAAAUGCUGAGAGGGUAUUUGCAAUGCCCAUGGGUCCUGUUGCACGUUAACACGGUUAUAUGUUUUGUAACAGUAGCGUAAAUACAAAGGGAAAUUCGAUAUGGGUUAUACGCUCAUAUGGUCCCACUAUCGGCACUUUUGCAGUGUCUCGGGAUCUGGUGAUGCUUGUGGUAUUGUGGGUUGUAUUCUUCUUGAGCAUAGAUUUUGGAACAGUUCA